UACAGGCUGUGUGACGGAGCAGCAGCAGCUAACAGAUGCUCAGAGCCCCAUGUCGGAGGUCCAAUAACACCCGGGUGGACGCAUGUUUUUACCCCAGACUUCUUAUCGAGGCUCGGUUGUGUUUGCACCGUUAAACCAGCACGAAGAACGCAGCGGAUCUCCUGCAUGUGACCCGCAUAACAUGCAUUGGAUUUUUCUUUAUCCCAGAGAGAAGCAGUGAGGCUGCAGCACAACAGCAGAGUUACCCAUGCUCUGACACACACUGGUCUGCAAACAGGAUGGACAGUUUACCUUGUAUAGCGCCCCCUUGUGGUGUGGAGGAAUGAGGGCGUCUGGAUGAAGGCCAUGGAGCUGAAAGUGUGGGUGGACGGAGUUCAGCGCAUCGUGUGCGGCGUCACAGAGUUCACAACAUGCCAGGAAGUCGUCAUCGCUUUGGCUCAAGCCAUAGGACGCACCGGCAGGUAUACUCUGAUCGAGAAAUGGCGUGACACAGAACGCCACCUGGCCCCGAACGAAAACCCCGUGGUGUCGCUCAACAAAUGGGGUCAGUAUGCCAGCGACGUGCAGCUCAUCCUCCAUCGGACCGGCCCGUCUGUCAGCGAGCGGCCAAACUCUGACCGACAAACCCGGUUCCAAGAGAGAGGAUUUUACCGCCAGAGUCUGCCUCCUCUGGCCAAACUCCGGCCCUCAGGGAACGACAGCUCGCUCAAACGAAGGGAACCAAAACGCAAAUCCUUGACUUUCACCGGGGGGGCCAGAGGUCUGCGGGACCUGCUGUGGAAAAGCAGAGAUACUGAAG